AUGCAGACGUUUAUCAACAGCCGGACACUCCUUCCUAGGCUGCUGGAAGCCCGCUCUGAAGUUCCCGGUCAGUGGCAGGGGCGAAGUGGGGAGCAGGAGGAGGGAUCGCGGGGAGAACCGCUGCCCACCCCCACCCCACCCCCGCCCCCAGCCACGCCCCGAGGCACGCAGGGGCUGCUCCUCCGCGACGCGUCGGAGCUCCUCCGCCGGCCGAGGUCUAGGGAGCCCCCGGGCCGGGUGCAGGGGCGAGCGGCCGCCAGGCUGGGCCCUCGGGGGCCCUCCCGCGCGGGCUCGGCCCGCACUCACAUCCCGCAGCGGCGGUCCCGGCAGCCGCCUCGCAGCCCUCGCCCCGACGGGCGCCUCCGGGAGCCGGGGCCGCGGCCGAGGCGCCGACGCCGCGCGAGCUCGCCCAGAGCCGGGGCCCGCCCAGCCUGUCAGCGCGGCGGGAGGCCGUCGGCGGCCGCGGCUGCCCCCCUUUCUGCUCAGCCUCGGCUUCCUGCAGCCCACGCCACGCCCACCGCCGAGCCCGUCCCCGCUCUCCCGGGGCCGCACGCCCCCUCGGCUCGGCUGGCGACGCGGGCUCAGUCGCCCCUGCGCGGCGGGCUCCGACGCGGGCGCUGCCUCAGGCGGGCGGCCUAG